CUGAGAAGCUGGCUGGUGAAGAGCAUGCCUGGAAAGAAGUCAAAGAUGCUGUAAAUGAAGUGAAAUACCCAAAAUCAAAAGCAGAGUGGGAACAGGUUCUGACAAGAUGCCAGAAUUUCUUGAGCAGCAAUAUGGGUCAUCUUCCAGACACAAAUAUCUAUCAGCUGAAGAUGCUUGACUGUGCCAUGGAUGCCUGUAUUAACCUUGAAUCCUGGGAAGAAGCUUUGUAUUAUGGCAGCAGGACUCUGGGACCAUACAGACUGUAUUACCCUGGUUUCCAUCCACUGAGGGCUGUGCAACUGAUGCGAGUGGGCAAACUGCAGUACAGUCAAGACAUGUUUCCUCAAGCGCUGGAGACCUUGAAACAGGCGUAUAAUAUUAUGAAGGUGACCCAUGGGACAGAUCACAGCCUGAUGCAAGCCUUGAUGGAGAUAAAGGAAGAGUGUGAGGCCAUCAUAAGAACACAGUGAAAAAAAAAUCUCCAGUCUGGAAAACAAAAUAUUCAAAGAGAAAG